AUGGGUGGCUCCACAAGCAAGCAAAAGAGAAACAGUACUAUGAGAAGUAUCAAGGGGAGAUCAUAUGAAGGGAUGAGGAGACCAACAAGAAGAGACCUGGAUGAGAAAGAGAGGGUCAUAUCGGCUCUGAAAAUGGCCGAGACAGAGUGGAGGAAAGAGAGAAAGAAACUGAGAGAAGAGGUGACGAGGAUAAGACAAAAGAUGCAAGAGAAAGAAGACGCAAAGGCACAACAACAGGACUGGGAAUGGGUCGUGGAACAGAUGUGCUUAGAGAGGGCUGUGAGGGAAGAAGCUGUGGAGCGGUGGAAACAACUCUAUUUCACUGUUAAGACUCAGCUUGAUGAUCUGAUCCACACAACAUAUGAAGAGACACUGCAACAGAAACAGCAAGGAGGAGCAAAGACAGUGCAAGAACUUAGGAAGAAAGUCAAAGUUAGGGAAGACACCAUUGAGACACUCGAGGGGAGAAUAGCUUUCCUGGAGAAACAAAGAAAUGGGAAGGAAAGAGAGAUUGAGUUACUGCGACAAAGUCUACGUAUCCUCGGCAGUAGCAGCGGGAAGAAGAGGACAUCGUCAUCUGCUACCAGAAACCUGCCGAUAUUUAAAACAAAAUUCAUGGCAUGUAAAUAA